AUGAAGACCAUCGUGCCUCGGUACUACCGCGUCGGCGUCCACCACCACAACAAAAGCGCCAACGUCGACUGCGUCGGCCACCACGACCACUGCACCAGCGACGACCUCGCUGGCACCGACCUCGACGACCACCACCUCCGCACAAGCGACGACCACGCUCGCUACGACAACGAUCCCGCUUCCCACCCCGUGGUCAUUAUCGAGCCAAAACUAACUACAACUGGGAUGGGAUUUACACUGGAAGCGUGCCAAUUUGCAGAGGCGAUGGUUGUUCAUCUGUUGGCAAGCGUUGCCCACUGA